CCGUUUGGGCUCGAGCCACCGCGUGCGCCGGCGCCAGCGGCCCUCCAGGCGGCGGCCAGCCGGAGGAGGGUCCGUGCACAUGUCGGACACGGGAUCGGAGUGGGACCCAGACGUUGUCCACCGCUACGGGUCGGACCGCUCAGAGACCGGAGCAGAAGAGGGUUUCCGCAGCGGCCGCGACGACGACGUCCCUGGGCAGCCGAAGAAGAGGGGUCGGUGUUCCGUGCGCCAGCGCAACAAUAAGAGGAUCCAGGAGUUCACAGACUCGCCACGGUUGAUCAAGAGGAUCGAGAUCCGCUUCAGGCGAGAGGAUUGGCUCACGUUGUUGGGGACGUUUCAGCUGCUUCCCGACCCAGACUUUCAGGACGCGACGACCAACUGCCAUCGCGUUGCCCAGCUGCGCACGGAGGCGGCGGUCUGGGGCGAGGGGCCGUCUAAAAAAUCUCCAGGUUUGACGAUUGGCGGUUUAGUGAUCACCUCCCGGUGGAUGGGGCAAAAGAAGACAAACGGAACGGGUUAUUGGCUUGGCGACCGGCUAGAUAUUUCGCCUCUGAAGGUAGAUCCGGCAGAGGCGGAUACACCAGAGGGGUUCCAGUUGCUGGUCGACCGUCAGAUGCAAGAGCUUUUUGGGCGCCAGGAGUUAGUCACACUCGGCCUCAUCGUGCAAGUGAAGCUGAAAGUGGAGCUGUUCGAGGUGAGCUUGCCAGCCAAGCGGUCCGAGGCCAAGGCCAUCCACAGCUACGCAGGCCCUGUGCAGAUGAAGCGCAUCAUGAAGACUAUUCCCAGCUACGUGCCAGAGGACAGGUUCUUGAACCUCAACGCAGGCGAGGCACGCUGCUGGGUAGCCAAGACGAGGUCCCAGAAGGGCAAUGUUCAAACAUACCACUACCAUGUGGGUCCAGACCACUGCUUCCAGCCAGGUGAGAUCGUGACCUUCAGAAUUCAUGCGGAGAUCUGGCGCUUCAGAACACCGGUGUGGGUGAUAUCGGAGGCAGAGCAGGAUGCGUUUCAGAGGCUGUGGGACGAGGGUAAGUGCAAAGAGGAUUUCCUGGUGAAGGAUACGCUGAAAGCUGGUGACCGGUUUGUGCUCAUGCCCUGCUUCGACCGCAGGGCCACGGGGCGACCCGAUUGGAGGAUGGUGCGCGAGAGGGAGCUCGUGACAGACCUCGCGGAGGAUGGCUCCAGGAGUGCCGGCAAUGGCCCGCAGCGCAGCCCAGACUGCGGGUUCAUCACCAAAAAACUCUUGGAGGAUUUCGCAUUAGACAGGCCAGACAGCGAAGGCAACCCCAAGGAGGUGAAGAUCAUUAUACACUCGGAUUGCCACUGCCUGACCAUUAAGCUGUCGGUGCCGGCCUUCAUCGGGGCCCCCCGCAGGGAGCAGGAUGACGUGUCUGCCCCCUCCCCGCCCGGCCUGGCGCUGCAGAACGUGAGGCAUUUCAUGGAUCUGCGCGGCAGGCUCGGAUUCAAUGCCAUGGGCUUGCUGCACAAGCGUGACGAUACCUUCACGGACGAGGGCGUCGGGCUUGAGGUGCCCCUCCGCAACAAUUCUGUUAUGUUGCCGAGGUCACAGCUCUUGUUCAUGGACUACUGGCGCGACGCACAGGAGCAGAAGGCUUUCCGUAAGGUCCUGGAGAAGAUCAAAGAUGCUGAUUUCUUGCAGGAAAUGCCCGAAUGA